AUGGCAGACAUGAAAUUGAACUGUGAUGUCCUGCAUGUGCCACAGAUACUUCGUGAUGGUCUCGUCGGCCAGCAAAAGAGACAGGAGCGUACAGCCAAGACCAUCCGGAGGGUGGAAUACUGGCAGGCCCAGCGCGUAUUCCAUUGGGAAUUGCAACGGAGAUGCAGGCCGGGCGGCAAGGACGGGUCUAGCCGUGGUGGCUACGUCAGAUACGUCAGAUAUGAAGCUAAACGCGUGAUUGGGGGACGACCCGAUUGGGAGGAGUCGCAGCUGCGGUUGGGCAGUGAUGCAUAUGAGCAGUCGUUCGCACGACGUUACCCGGAUGCGUUUGGGUCUGGCCACUUCGUCUCCGGGCUCUCGUCAAGCAACAAGAGGCACUUCUCAGUCCCCCUGGUCCAAAAACUGCCGCAGGGUCCUGCCAAAUUCGGCGUCUUCGGAUGGCAGGGCAAGGAAUGCCGGUGUCGGCAUCAUCGAGACUGGUUGACUGACGAUGGCUGCGGAUCAAAGUGUGGCGAGCCUCGCCUCGCCUCCGCAACAACAUCCGCUCUUGUGCAUUGUGCUGCGUGCAUGCGAUCCGUCCGUACACCGAUGGAUGAUUGGGGGACAGACACGGCCAACGGGUGGCACCAGGAGCCCUGUCUGCGGUAUCAAACCGUGGCGCAGGCCGGGUGA